AUGGCAUCACGAACUUUCACCAGAGCCCUUCGCUCAAACGUUGCCCGCCAGAUUGCGGCGCCCGUCCAGAAGAGGGCUAUCUCAACUGCCUUUGCUGCCACGAGAGCUACCGUCGCUGUUGCUCCUCGUAUCCCAGCUGCGGUCCAGAAGAGGGGUAUCAAGACCAUUGACUUUGCUGGUGUUAAGGAGGAUGUCUACGAGCGUGCCGACUGGCCCAGAGAGAAGCUCUUGGAACAGCAUCUUAUGGUUAUUCGUUUCACAGGAGUACUUCAAGAACGACACUCUUGCUUUGAUCGGAUACGGUUCUCAGGACACGGACAGGGUCUUAACUUGAGGGACAAUGGGUUGAACGUCAUCAUUGGUGUCCGAAAGAACGGUGCCUCAUGGCAGGAUGCCAUCCAGGAUGGCUGGGUUCCUGGCACUAACCUCUUCGAGGUUGAUGAGGCCAUCUCCAAGGGUACCAUUAUCAUGAACCUUCUCUCCGACGCUGCCCAGUCCGAGACCUGGCCCGCUAUCAAGCCCCAGCUCACCAAGGGCAAGACCCUCUACUUCUCCCACGGAUUCUCCCCCGUCUUCAAGGACUUGACCAAGGUCGAGUGCCCCACUGACAUCGACGUCAUCCUCGUCGCUCCUAAGGGAUCUGGACGUACCGUCCGCACUCUCUUCAAGAACGGCCGUGGUAUCAACUCUUCCAUUGCCGUCUGGCAGGAUGUUACCGGCAAGGCCAAGGAGAAGGCUAUUGCCCUCGGUGUCGCUGUCGGUUCCGGUUACAUGUACGAGACCACCUUCGAGAAGGAGGUCUACUCUGACUUGUACGGUGAGCGUGGUUGCUUGAUGGGUGGUAUCCAUGGUAUGUUCCUCGCCCAGUACGAGGUUCUCCGUGAGCGCGGCCACUCCCCAUCUGAGGCCUUCAACGAGACCGUUGAGGAGGCUACCCAGUCUCUCUACCCCUUGAUCGGAGGACACGGUAUGGACUGGAUGUACGCCGCCUGCUCCACCACUGCCCGCCGUGGUGCCAUCGACUGGACCAACCGCUUCAAGGACACCCUUAAGCCCGUCUUCAAUGACCUCUACGACUCCGUCAAGACCGGAAAGGAGACCACCCGCUCCCUCGAGUACAACUCUGACCCCGAGUACCGCAAGAAGUUCGAGGCUGAGUUGGAGGAGAUCCGCAACAUGGAGAUCUGGCGCGCCGGAAAGGCCGUCAGGUCUCUCCGCCCUGAGAACAACUAA